AUGGCCCGUCGUUUGACUCUGGAAUUGAAGCUGCAUAGGGUUAUCGUCAGCGGGCCCGCUCGCAAUGUCCCCGCCGAAGUGCACGACCACCGCUGCGACGAGAGCGAAGUAGAAGAGGACGAAGACGAUGACCAAGGCCUAGACGAUGUUGAAGUUGAACAAGGAGGAGAACGUGGAGUAGGGUGGCAACAAAGGCCACACGAAGAAGAAGAAGAAGAAGAGGAGGAGCAGGGUGAAGAGAGUGAAGAGGGUGAAGAGGGUGAGGAGGGUGAAGAGGGAGAGGGUAGUGAAGACGGGGAGUGCGAUGAGUAUAGCGAAGACGAGGCUAGAGCAGACGAGGGUAGUGAAAGCGAGGAGUAUGAUGAGGUUAGCAAAGACCAGGGUAGCAAAAACCAGUGUAGAGACGACGAGGAGUACGUUGAGGACGGCGACGAGGAAGUGUUUUUGUCAAAAGACGGCAAAAUCGAAUGGUCCUCGAAAACGUAUCACCCCAGUGGCCCCCGAGCCCAUCACCGUGCCACCGAAAGAGACACAGACGAACUAGACCGAGGCCGAAGGGACCGAGACGGCCAACGUGCUUCUGCUUCCGCUCCACCACCGCCAAGCCGGGGACCUACAGAGUACGCCGCGGAGCGCGUCAGGGACAUACUCUCCGCGUUCCAGCUGUUUGUCACGCAGCGAAUAGAGAAGACGGUGCUGGCCGCGACCAACCUCGAGGGCCGCAGGCGAUACGGCAAAGCCGGCGAGUGGAAAGCGAUGGACGCCACGGACCUGCGAGCCUACCUCGGGCUUCUGAUCCUCGCGGGCGUGUACAGGUCCCGCAACGAGGCCUUGGAGAGCCUGUGGCACGAGAAGAGCGGCAGGGCCAUUUUCCGCUCCACGAUGCCGGUCAAACGGUUCCACUUGUACUCGCGACUGCUGCCCUUCGAUGACCGCGAGUCGAGAGCCGAAAGACUAGCCUCGGACAAACUGGCGGCCGUACGAGACGUGUGGGACGCGCCGGCUGCCUUGCCUCACCUUUCGAGGUGGGUGUCUUUGCGGCGUGUGGUCUUCUUACGGUUGUGUACCCAUUGUCAAUGCGCCUUUCGCCAGUACAUGCCCAGCAAGCCCGCCCGCUACGGACUCAAUUCGCGGGUGGCCUGCGACGCCCGCUCCAGCUACGCGUGGAACAUGCAGCUCUACACGGGCAAGUCGGUGAGCGUUACGCCCGAGAAUAAUCUGGGCUCCCGCGUGUUGCUGGACGUGACCGAGGGCCUGAGGGGCCCGCGCAACGUGACGUGCGACAACUUUUUCACCUCCUAUGCGCUGGCCCAGCGGCUGCUCGCCGAGAGGCGCCUCACGAUGCGCAAAAACAAGCCCGAGCUGCCGGGGGCUUUCCUCGCCACCAAGGGCCGUGCUGUAUUUUCGUCCAUGUUUGCCUUCACGCCCACCGCCGCUCUGGUGUCCUACGUGCCCAAGAGGAACAGGAACGUCAGGUUUGGCACCAAACCUGACAUCAUCCUCCACUACAACCGCACCAAGGGCGGCGUGGACAACCUGGAAAAGCUCGUCGGCACGUACAGCUGCCGCAGGAAGACGACGCGCUGGCCCCUCGCCCUGUUCCACAUCAUCCUAGGCGCCUACAACGCCUUUGUGCUGUGGCGAGAGCUCAGGCCCGAGUGGAUGCGCGGCAAGCUCAACAGGAGGAGGGCGUUUCUCGAACAGCUGGGCAGGGCGCUUGUGACACCGCUCAUCGAGAGACGACGGCAUCUGCCCCGCACGGAGGCUUCGGCCGCGCUCGUCAGAGCCGUGGCGGCGAGGUCCGCGGAGGCAGCUAGGUCCGCGGGGGCCGGAUCCGGCUUUCGGCAAGGCCGAGACAAUCGAAACGAAGUUGACGACGGCGACAACAGCGCCGACAGCGCCGAAGCUCGACCGAGACCGCAGAGAGGUGGAAGAGGAAGAGGUGUCAGCUCUGUCCAAAGCCCACGGAUCGCAAAACACACACCGUGUGCGGCUGCUGCGAGAGAUACAUCUGUGGGAGCUGCACGCAGGCCUACUGCGCUGAAUGCGUGA